GUUCCGCUGGCGCUGCCGAUGAUGCUCGUGACUGAUAGGGUUUCGUGACGUCAGGGAUAAGUCAAGUAACCAAACCUCCCCAUGUUCGACGUCCCUUUCUUCACGUUGCAAUUGCAUAGGGAUUUUUCUAAUGCGCGUAUAAGGGCGAAUCUCUCUCCUCUUCGGGCUGUAAAAUGGGAGGACUAGACAGGCUACGAGAUUUUAGUUUACUGAGAUGGUUAAGAGAAGAAAGACAAUCCAGGAAGUUGAUUCUGCUGAUCGUUUUCAUCGCUUUGCUGUUGGAUAACAUGCUGCUCACCGUAGUCGUGCCCAUCAUUCCAAGUUACCUAUACACGGCCGACAACCAGGAGGCCACGGCCCCGAACUACACCGUCUCUCCGCAGACGCCGUCCGGAACGUUCCAGACCAUCGUGUCGCUCUACGACAACUCCACGAGGGUGACCGCCGGCGCCGGCGCCGCGUUCACCACGGCGAUGCCGCCGUUGCCCACCUCUCCCGCCGCGCCCACGAACGGCACCGCGCCCGACUCGGACUGCCACGAAGGGGACAAAAAACUCCUGAACGAAAACGUGAAGGUGGGGCUGCUGUUCGCGUCCAAAGCCACCGUGCAGCUGAUAACGAACCCCUUCAUCGGGCCCCUUACCAACAGAAUAGGAUACCAGAUUCCAAUGUUUGCCGGCUUCUGCAUCAUGUUUCUUUCCACCCUGAUGUUCGCUUUCUCAAAGAGCUACAGCCUGCUGUUUCUGGCUCGAUCUCUUCAGGGCGUUGGGUCCUCCUGUUCCUCUGUUGCUGGGAUGGGAAUGCUGGCCAGUGUCUACACGGAUGACGAGGAGAGAGGGAACGCCAUUGGGAUAGCACUGGGAGGAAUGGCAAUGGGGGUGCUGGUCGGACCCCCUUUCGGAAGUGUGAUGUAUGAGUUUGUGGGGAAGACGGCUCCGUUCCUCAUCUUAGCGGUGCUGGCUCUGUUAGAUGGAGCCCUCCAACUGUUUAUUCUCCAGCCCUCAAAAGUGGAACCGGAGAGUCAGAAAGGGACUUCGCUGUUGACACUCAUGAAAGAUCCUUAUAUACUCAUCGCUGCAGGGUCCAUUUGCUUUGCAAACAUGGCAAUAGCCAUGCUGGAGCCCGCCCUGCCAAUCUGGAUGAUGGAGACUAUGUGCUCAAGAAAAUGGCAGCUAGGCGUCGCCUUUGUGCCCGCCAGCGUCUCCUACCUUAUUGGAACCAACAUCUUCGGCGUUCUCGCACACAAGAUGGGAAGAUGGCUGUGCUCCCUGAUCGGCAUGCUUCUUGUGGGGAUAAGCAUUCUCUGCGUUCCCUUUGCAAAAGACAUCUACGGACUGAUCGUACCGAAUUUUGGUGUUGGAUUUGCCAUCGGCAUGGUGGAUUCGUCUAUGAUGCCGAUAAUGGGCUACCUGGUGGAUCUGCGGCACGUGUCGGUCUACGGAAGCGUGUACGCCAUCGCAGACGUGGCUUUCUGUAUGGGCUUCGCUUUGGGGCCGUCAGCGGGCGGGGCCAUCGCCAGGAGCAUCGGCUUCCCCUGGCUCAUGACCAUAAUCGGGGUGGUGGACAUCCUCUUCGCCCCUCUCUGCUUCUUCCUCCGGAGUCCACCGGGCAAGGAGGAGAAAAUGGCUAUUCUUAUGGACUGCAACUGUCCAGUGAAGACCCGGGCGUACAACACACAGGACACUCAGAACUACCAGAUGGAUGAUGGAAUGGAGACUGAAAGCGAGGAGUAGCCGCGGGACAUGUACGUCACCUUCCAGAGUAUCUAUUUUCUUGUAAAAAAAAAAAAAAGGGAGAAAAGUUUAAAAAUUGACUCAUUUCGGUGUGAAUGUUCUGCAUCAUUUCCACCCCCCCCCCCCCCCCCCCGCGUGUGUUGUGUCACUGUGUCGUACUACCGAAGUAAACCAAAGUUGUUCACGUUGCCCAUUCAACACAAGCCGCUAGCCUUACCCCCCCCCCCACCCCCCCCACAGAAGGGAGAGAAACGCGAAAAGCGCAAAAGAGCCCAUCGUAGUCAGUCGUGCAGUAGGGGGGCACCUAAGGUCACCACAUUCUGAACCUUCGCGAACGAGUUCAAGCUUACAAAGAGAGGGGCAGAGACGUGGAGAAGGUUCCCGUUUGCAGAGGCGUUUUUUAAAAAAAUUUUUUUUAAAAAGGUGUCUUAAUCAAACGGGAAGCGUUCGGUCAUGCUUUUGGUUAACAAGCACAUCGUACGGGUUUUAAAAAAAAAGAAAAAAAAAGAAAGAAAGAAAAAGCCAGUGUUUGGAAAGAGAACAAACCGCAACCAUCUGCAUUUUUUCCCUUUGAUGUUCCUUUUGAAAGGGCCACCUUUUUGAUCAGGCACUUUACGCUCAUUCGGUGAAAGCACUGAGCACAUUCACGCCAUCCUGUCAGCUGAUUACCAUUGGAGCGAUACUGUAAUCUUUUAUGCUUUAUGUUUUAUUGUUGUACGGUAGAAGCACUGUGGAUUUUUAUGUUGUUGAAAACAGGUCAAUGUAUGUAAAUGUACUAUAUAUAUAUAUAUAUAUACAGGAUAUCAUACAAUGCAUUUAAAUAGUAUGUUUGUUGGGGGAAAAAACUUGAGAUAUAUAUAUAUUUUUAAUUACUGAAGAAGUGGCAAGAAUCAUGUCACAUCUUACCAUGAAAUAGGCCUUAAAAAUUUUCAUUAUUUCUGGAAUCAGGAGAAAUUUUUAAGAUUAAUUUGAACUACAUUGGGGUUUUUUGCAAUAUGAUCAUAUUGCUUUUUGUUGGGGGGGAAAUAUAUCGUUUUAGUAAAGAUGAGGAUAAGUGGACUGUUUUUGUUAGGCAUGGCCCACGGACUGUUCUUGGACUGUUCUUGUGCAUGGUGUCCCAGCAGUUUUCCUUAGAGCUUUCAGGUAUUGACUGUAUUCCCUUGGAGAUAUGUGUGUUGUUUCUUGAAUCUUCUCUGUUUUGUGGCCUAGGAAUAAAAACUAAUGGAUUACCUUAAAUCCAUUUUCGCCACGAAGUACAGAAUCUUAAUUAUUUCUUUAUGUAUGCUUCUGCUAAUAUUAUUUUAUUUUGAAUGUUAUUGUUUAUUUAUUAUUUAUUUUUAAUUGACCAAAAGCCAUUUUGUGGUGUAAAGAAAGUAGCUGAACUACCUAUGGUCUAUAUUGUACGAUGUACAAUAUCAUCUACUGUUUACCACUUCCCAUUCUCACUUUUUCUGUUGUGUCUUUUACAGUCAGAUAAUGUUGGUAUAACAAAAUGUCCCAGACUGGAAAUGGUGGACAUGUAACCUUAAAACCUGCUUAUUUGACUUUAACAAAUGUGGUGUUCAUUAUACAGUGCAACCUGCUUGUAAGAAUAGCAUCAUUCCCACACAGUUUUAUUCUUACAAGUGUGCUAGUAGAGGCAGAGUGAAUUUGUGUCAGGAAAAUGUAUUUGUAAAUUACAGCCAUGAUUAAAUUUAUGGUUUGUCAACAUAAAAUCGGUUAUCAGCGCCCUGCCUUGCCAUAUUGCAUAGUGACACGAUCGUCUUACGCACAUCAGUCUUUUAGGAAUGAGAAUUGCUACUGUACAAACCAGAAUUCUGAUGUUGCUUCUGAACCUGGAAAUGUGUUCUGGUCACAUGGUUCACUCAACCGAAGAAUAAAAUUAACUCGUAUUUCAA